UUAUGAAGUCUGUUUACAUUUAUCAACGCUUGCGUCCAAUAUUUUUUUGGUUAUUUCUGAAAAGGCCGCCUGAAACUGAAAGUUAGGAAAAACUAUAAAAUUCAGUACUUCUAAAUAGUUUAAUUUCAUAUUAUCAAAAAAUGGGCGAAAACAUAGGAAAUCAAUUAUCGGCAGUUGAAGCGGAACUAUAUGAUAGACAAAUACGGUUGUGGGGAAUAGAAUCUCAAGAAAAGCUGAGAGCAUCAAAUGUUCUUCUCAUUGGAAUCAGAGCCUUGGGAUCCGAGAUUGCCAAGAACAUUCUCCUCUCCGGAAUAAACUCCCUGACAAUUCUGGAUGACGGAGUAGUUACUAAAGAAGAGCAAGUUAAAAACUUUCUUUUAUACCCAGACAGCAUUGGAAAAAAGGUAAGCCUACAAAAUUAUUUCUUUUUAUUUUUCAUCAUUCUCACUUUGGGUCUAAAAUCUUUCAAAUAAUCAAAAGCAUCAUGUGGUAAUGUAGGCAUGCACAAACUAGGUCUUCCCUUAUACAGAUGUUGUUUCGAAACAGAUUUGGGCACAAUUUCUUUGAUAGAUUUUUUUCUCAGUCCUGUAUCAUCGGCGGUGAACUCCAGAUUUCUUCUUAUAUUCCUGAUUUGUUGUGCUUUCUUUGUAUUUUCUUCUUUCAAGUUCUCCAAUUCAACAGAAACGGUUUUCAGUUCCUUCAUUGAACUUUCCAUGUCCCGAAGAAGUUCUGGUUCAGUUAAGAGGCCCGAC